GCAAACCGUAAAGUUGCCCACAAUGAUUUCGUCAGUAAGAAGCCGCAGACUGUUGACCUACGCUGUGGCUGUUGGUCUUUUCUUGACGUUCCUGGCAUACUACUCACAAACAGAAACCAAUGGCGACAGCUAUGGCGCGCGACAGGCAUCGGCCGCCACCAAAAACGCGGCGAGAAUGCGGGAGCGAGUCAACCCUGACGCAGUCGACAGCCAACCAUCACCACAACUUGUCGAACUUUGGAGGUCAACCCUCGACGCCAUGAUGAAAGCAGAGCCACGCAUUCAGCCGAUCAAGCUCACAGAAAGUGUACCCGAGACCGAGAUCGACCCCAAAUAUGAUCAUCCUAAAGAUCAAGUCCGGAGGGAGUUUGUCAUCCUGUCCGAGUCAGAUAAAGAAAUGCUCAAAGCGACGCAUGCGCAAAUGAUCCAGAGCGCAAAACAGUUGGGCCCACGAAUACACUACGCGAAGCAUUUCAAGGGCUCCACAGGCCCAGGCCCGAGGGGAAUCGUCAUGACCGCCGGCGCCAAGUACAUACACAAUGCCAUCUUCUCGCUUCACAUGCUCCGGCGCUCCGGGUCAAUCCUUCCGGUGCAACUGUUCCUUGACGGCGCCGUCACCGACUUUGUGCGCGAACUUUGCAAGGGGGAACUGUUCGAAUUAGGCGCCGAGUGCCAAAGCAUGGACGCUGUUUUUAGCACGACCCCCCAAAUGCCCAAGCUGCUCAAGUACCAGUACAAGGUCUUUGCUUUGCUUUUUUCGUCAUUCGAUGACGUUUUGUUUCUUGAUGCGGACUGUUAUCCCAUUUUCAACCCAGACGAUCUCUUCAUCUCCGAACCAUACAAAUCGCGCGGCUUGAUCACCUGGCCCGACGUGUGGCUUUCCUCCACCUCCCCCACGUUUUACGAAGUUACUGGGUUAGAAGCUCCUAGCAUGUCCAAACGUCGCAGCUCCGAAUCGAGCGUCAUGAUGAUAAAACGGUCAACACACGGGGAUGACCUGGUGCUGGCUACAUACUACAACCUGUGGGGUCCUGAUCGCUACUAUCGACUGUUGUCUCAAGGUUCCCCUGGUGAAGGCGACAAGGAGACCUUUCUGCAGGCCGCAUUGAUGUUGGGGAAGCCUUUCUGGGAUGUUCGCACGAACGUGGGGAUCUUGGGCCGAUGGCUCAACGAGAGCUUUGUGGGCUACGGUAUGAAGCAAGCGGAACCAAGGGAGGAUUAUCGACUGUUCUCCGCUGCAUCUCGCGACAAGCACGACAACGAGGCCCGGUCGAAAGAUCUUCAAGCCAGAAGAAUGUUCAUCCAUCACAACAACCUCAAAAUCGACAUGCCCAAACUCGGCGCCAUUAUGAGCGAUGCCAUGAAGAAGAACAAACAGGGGCAAUUGAACCGACUGUGGGGCGACGACGAUACCCUCAUCGAGCAGUCCGGCUACGACGUCGAGAAAGCCAUGUGGGAGGAGAUACUCGCAUAUCACUGCCAUCCGAAUCCCAGCGCGAAUGGAUGCACCAGUUUGAGGACCUACUUUGCGUCUGUGUUUUUGCAGCCUCCACAGCCUCAAGUUCAACAAUGAUGUACCAGCCUGGCGUAUCCAAAGGCUGGGUCGCCGUGGGAGAGCUGCGGGGGUGGGCGGCGGAGAGUGCGCAGGGUUUCAGAGCUGCGGGCAGGCCUGCAACCCGGAGCCUGGGAAUCAACAUGAAUGUACGAAGCGGCUUUUAUUUAUUUGGAUUGUGACACAACUUUUUAUUUAGUAACACAACCUUUGGAGUUACGAUGUGCCCACGGUGGAAGGGCGCCGAUGGGCAACGACGCUGAGGUUGAGUAACAUUUUAGUCAAUGACGCAACUACUGGUAAGCUUAAUGCCAACAUCAAUUAAUUUGUCUCAUCCAAGGAUUCUGCUGUUCAAGCAAACAUUUCAGCACGUCGACCAUGCCACG